AUGUCUCGGCAAUUAGGGUGGGAUGUAAUAAGGUACAUUGGUACUUCAUUUCUCGACACGUACCAAGACUUUAUACUGGAAAUGUCUACAGCAAAGCUUGAGCUGCCGCAUACAGAUGCUUUUGUUCAGCUCUCACUGCUCGAUGGCGGCAGUUUUGUCGCCGACCUAAGUCGAAUGCAUGCCGGCCAAACUGGCACCUUUCGCAUGUACAACUGGGCUUUCUACAUUUCUCACCAGGGCCGGCAUGUACUCUGGGAUCUCGGACUUGACCAGGACCGAAGUUACUAUACACCGUUGCAAUUGUCGGAGCGAGGUAUCUCGGCACGAGAUAUAGACACGGUUUUGUUUAGCCACGCGCAUUUCGAUCAUUCACGACCUAUCAGCGAUGUGUUUCCCAACGCAAGAGCAUAUUUUGGUCCAGGGACAAGAGCAGCCUGCGAGCCCGGACAUAUGAAAGACGCAAAUUCGCAGUGGGAUGGCCGCUUUUUCGACCCCGAGGAUUCCACAGAAGACUGGGACGAGCUGCAGGGCCAUUGGAAACCUUUCGGCUCGUUUGAAAAGGCGCUGGACUAUUUUGGCGAUGGCAGCUUCUGGGUUCUUGAUGCGCCAGGACACAUGGCAGGUAACCUUGCUGCUGCUGCUAGGCUGCAGUGCGGCGAGGACUUGCUUGAUGAAAAGCAGGAGAUCGCUGAAUUCCCGGGUCCUGGUACAGAGUGCGUGUCUUUACAUACAGACAUGGCUACUGCAAAAGAAACAAUGGCCAAGAUAAGAAGGUUAGAGAAGGACGUUGGGGUUCACACGGCGCUUGCGCACGACGCGUUGUGGAUGAAGAACGGCACAGAUCAGGUGCUAAUGUCGCUACUGGAUGACAAGAUGAAGGCGGCGGCCAAGGAGAAGAUUCCAUAUGAUGAGAUACCAUAG